UUGUGUAGAUUGACAAAGUUAUGAAAAAAUUAUAUUUUAUGCAUUGUUUUAAUAUUUGUAAAUAUUAAUUUAAUAUCUAAAUAUCUGUUAUUAAAAACAUGGAAAAUGCCAAAAUAAUGCAAUUGUAAUUGUUAAUAUUCCAAAAUGCUUAGAUGGCAAAUUUUAUACGAUUUUAAAUUCUGAUGAAAUAACAAAUGUGAAUUCUAAUGUAAAAGCUAUGUGUGUAACAUGUAAAGAGAAAAAAAAAGAAAACAGAAAUAUUUCAGGAGCAAUAAAUUUCACAUCAAAUUUUCGACUACAUAUGAAAAGAUUGCAUAUGUCAGAAUUGGAAGCAUGUGAUGCAUACUUAAAAGUCGGAGGACCUAAAAGAGCAAGUACAUCAAAUGAUAAUUCUCAAAUUCCAACAAGACAAAGGAAACUAACUGAAUAUAAAAGUACUGCUGAUCAUAAACAAAAAAAAUUAGACGAAAAUAUUAUGCGUUACAUUAUUCUUGGUAUGAAACCACUGUCUACAGUGAAAGAUGAACAUUUCAUAAAAAUAUUUAAAGAUUUAGAUUGUGAUCUUACAAUAUACUCUCGAAGAACUCUUAGUCACCGUAUAGAUGGUGAUUAUAAAAAAAUAAAUGGCGCAAUUAAAAAUCUGUUUGAAAUGAAACAGUUGUUGGUUACGACAACUGCUGAUAUUUGGUCCACCAAACAUCACAGUUUUAUGGGUGUUACAGCACACUGGAUUGAUUCAAUUACAUUAGAACGACAAAGCUGUGUACUAGCAUGUAACCGUUUUACUGGAAAACAUUCAUACGAUCGUGUGACUGAAAUGCUUUAUAACAUUUUGGGUGAAUUUUCUCUGCGGCGUGUACAAGUGGUAUCAACAAUUACCGAUAAUGGAAGCAAUUUCGUGAAAGCCUUUAAAGAAUUUGGUUGUGAGAAUAAUGAUGUACAAUGUCUGCAAUUUAGACCAAUUGUCCCUGAUAAUAAUGCAAAUGAAGGUGAUCAGAUUAUGUUGCUACCUCACCAUUUGAGAUGUGCCAGCCAUACUUUAAGCUUGAUAGCUACUUCUGAUUUCAUGAAAGCUAUUAAAAGUAUACCAGUUAAUAGAUUACAUUUAACAGCCAUUGAAAAGUGCAAUUUUUUGUGGAACAUGUCCAGACGUCCAAAAUCUGCUGAAGUUAUAAAAAAUUUAGAUAUAGAGUAUUUAGAUGAGUUUGUAAUUUUAUUAAAGCCAAUUGCAUGUGCUUUAGAUUAUUUGCAAGGCCAAAUUAAUUUUUACUACGGUGUAUUAUUACCAACAUUAUUUUCACUCAAACACCGGCUUGAAUCGUUAAAAGAAAAACAAUUAAGGCUUUUGUCUUCUAUGAUAGCUCCAUUAAUAUUAUCCUUGUCUAAUAGAUUUGAUUCUUUUUUAAAUUUAAAACCUGAAGCUAAUACUAUUUUAGCUAUAUGUUUUCACACUACAUUUAAAUUACUGCAAAACAAAGUAGUUCAGAAAUUGAAUCUCAUUCAGGUGCAGAGUCAGAGUCAGAAUCUUUUAUUAUUUUUUCUUCUGAACCAGACUAGUUCAGACAACAGUCAAGUAGUUUGCUUCAGUGCACAUAAAUACUUUAUAGUAGACUCAAGUACUGACUAUUGGAGUUUGGAACCAUUGUCUGUUAAUAUUAAAAUAUUAUGUGCGGUUUGCUUGAGUUUUAACGGCAUCUACGGCUCUGCAUGGAUCACUCUGGGCCUCAGUCCUUAUCAUAGUGAGUUGAGUCAAUUUGAAUACCAUAGAGAUUUAUCACAACUCAAAGUUAUAAAUAAUGAUGGAAUCCAUAUAUUUGUUGACAUGAGUUAUAUUUACAUGGUUAUACAAAGGGUGCCCAAACUUAAAUAUUUGCUAAGACCGGCUCCAAUUCAAGUUUCAUGGCUUGGUUAUCUGAAUACUAGUUGUGCUACAUGGAUGGAUUACUUGAUUACAGAUAAAAUAUGUUCUUCUCCUGAACCGGUCCACACAAAUCAAAUUAUUUUUGUUGGUGAUAUCACAAACAGAAGUUUCCUAAUUUAUGUCGACACAUUGUCUGUUAUUACUAAAGUAGCUAAUUGGGAAGCUGUUACACAUGAUACACACAGCUUCUCAAUUAACUAA